GUGUACGCGUCUUCGUGUUAUGAUGCAAAAAAAAAGCGUUAAUUAUAACCUCGCGAUUAGAAGCACUCUUAUUUUUAAACCAGCCGGAAUCUCGUUACAAGAUAUUGGUGUUGUCCGAAUAAACCUACGCGUAGAAAAAUGAAGUUUUCCGAAGGAGAUUUUGUACUUGCUAAACAUCCGAACACAGACGAAUAUGAAGUAGGUAAAAUAUUAAGUGCAGGUGGCGAACGAUACAAAGUGCAAUUUGGAACAGGCAGCGAACAUAACGUUCAUUCAAACGACGUUAAGAAGUGCAGGCCAUCUCGAAGUAAAACAAGGUCAAGUAGUAGAAAUAGAAAAAGCCCUCCUCGAUAUUCUCCCAGUAGAAAAUCUUCAAACAAGCGUUCGCCUGGAAGGUCUCCUACGUCUGCACAUAAAAAACAACGAAGUAAAAUUGCAAAAAUUAUUUUACCACAAAUAGAAAUACCUAAUGAUAUAUCUAAAGACGAAAAUAUCAUUAACAAGAAAAGUACAAAUGACAACGAUAAGCUUUUCAAAACAAUGCCUCUGCAACCUCGAUUUAAAGAACUAGGAGUAACACGUAGGUCAACAAGACUGUUGUCUGCUACAGUGAAAUCGGAAUCGGACCAUAAGAUGGUUAUGUUAACGAGAAAUAUUAAUAGAGCUGUCUCGCUCCCGUUGGAAAGGAAGGUUUUAGUGCACGAUUUCAACUUUGAUAUGAAAGAAAGAGGGCAUUCUGUACAAAAAGAUCAAAAUUUGUUGAAACCUAUAAAUUACGAAGAAACUGUAAAAGUAAAUACACAAGUAAUAGAAAAACGUGAGAAAGAAAUAAGUAUGGUCAACGAACCACAAGAAUGGGGAGGUUGGUUUGGGACUUUUAUGCUCAUAUCUUUAACACCACUGAUUACAAUAUUACCGCAAAUGAUGUGUACACAAAAUCAGUGUGAGUUCGGGUAUCCCGAUAUACCUACGGAUCUAAAUUCUUACAUAAAUUUAGAAGCUUUUGCUACAUAUUUGGGAUUCUUCUUAUUCGUGACUAUUGUUUCGAUCACUCCAAUUGGAAGAAAGGUUGAUGGGCCACAGAGUAGAAUUGGAAGAUUACAAUAUCGUUUAAAUGGAUUUUUAUGUACUCUUUUAUCGUUAAUUAUAUUUAUCAUAUGUAUAUAUAAAGAAUUCGAAUUCAGUGAUUUCAUUAUACAAAAUUUUGUACAACUUUCAAUCAGCGGUUGGAUUAUUGGAGUAAUUUUGUCAUUAGUGUUAUUCGCAAAGGGAGGCAAAGCCCCAGUAGCAAAUCUCAAUAUACAUGGAUCCACGAAGAGUGUAAUUUAUAAUUUUUGGCAAGGAAGAGAGAUAAGUCCACGAAUCGGUUCAUUGGAUGUUAAAAUAAACAUUUUCCGGACUGCCUUGAUAGCUAUGAUUCUUAUAAACUUGACUAUUAUUACAAAAGCAAUUGAAGAGGCUGAAAGUUAUAGUACGGAACACCUCAAUAUAAAUGUUCUGUUGGUUGCUUCAUUGCAAAUAAUUUAUUCAAUGGAUUCACUCUUCUUUGAAUCAACAUUUUUGACGACUUUCGAAAUAAUGUACGAGGGAACUGGUUAUAUGCUGUGUACUGGUUACAUGCUAUUUCCAUUUUUAGCCACUCUUACAACCAAAUAUGUAUUGUAUAACAAACCACAGUUCAGCUAUUUUGUUGCGUGUCCUACGCUCGUUUUUAUAAUUGGAUAUUUGGUGUAUAGAAUAAGCAACACGCAGAAAAAUGAAUUCAGGAAGAACCCAUUAUCUUCUGCAGUAGCGCAUUUAGACACUAUUCCAACGAUUCGUGGCACGAAGCUUAUAGUAUCUGGAUUAUGGGGUCACGUGAGGCAUCCAAAUUACUUGGGCGAUAUAAUGAUGUGGUGGUCGAUGUCGUCUCUAAGUUUUGCAUGUGAUAUUCUGCCUUAUUAUUAUACAAUUAUGUGCACGGCAUUGUUAAUGCACAGAGCAAUUAGGGACAAUGAACGAUGUAAAAUGCGUUAUGGCUUAGCUUGGGAACAAUAUACGUCACGUGUUAAGUACAUGAUUUUAUAUCGUAUAUUUUAGAGAAAUAUACACAGUAUAUGUAAGGUAUUUUUAAAUACCAAACACUGUCGCGAAAUUGUACCUUUACAUUACAAUGCUCAUUAUUUUAUAGAAUGACAAAUUAAUAUGUUUACUUAGUAAAUAAUUGAAAUGGGGGUCAAAAUUAUGAAGACCCAAAAACCAAAAAGAAUGAUCGUGACAUCUGGUGUUAAUUUUAAGUGUAUAAUUAAUUUUGAAAGAUCUCUAAGGUAACAAGGAAAGUCCUAUUUUAGAGAUAUAAUUUGUGUAUAAAGAGUGUUUCAUUAUUGGUUGGAUUUACAUGACCAAUAACUUACUAAAAAACAACAAAAAAUGUCCACUAAGUUACUUUCAUAUUUACAUAUGAAUAACUCUGACGCGGAAAUAAGAUUAAAUAAAUCGUAUCUCUAUACGAUUUGUUUCUCUUACUUUUUUCAUUUGCUGGUAGUGAACGCGAUCGUUAACAUAUGUCCUAGCAAUGGUAAUGCACCCGUGUUUGAUUUUAGAAAAGUCAUAGAACAAGAUAUUUGUUGAUACAAAAUAUAUAUAUAGCGUAAAAUAUAUUUCUAUGAUAAAGACAUUACAUACAAAAUUUUAUACUUUUAUAAAGAUGUGUAUAAUUAAUAAUUGACAAAUAAAUAACUUUUCUA